UCACCACGUAGCGUGCAGGAAAAGGAAAAAAGACCUGCGGAGUCCAUGUUAAGCUAAACACCGGAAUGUUACAACAGCUACUUAACUAAUUGCUAACUAAGUACUUUAACUCUUUUUAUAACCAAUUGAUUUUAUAAAUAUUACGAUAUGUCUGCAUCUGCUGUGUUCGUGCUGGAUCUUAAAGGAAAGGUGCUGAUUUUCCGCAACUACAAAGGUGAUGUGGACAUGUCUGAGAUCGACCACUUCUUCACUCUGUUAAUGCAACAGGAAGAGGAGGGGCUUCUCUGUCCUGUGAUGUCACAUGGCAACGUUCACUUCCUGUGGAUCAAGCACAACAAUCUUUACCUGGUGGCUACCACAAACAAGAACUCAAACGCUUCUUUGGUUUACGCCUUCCUGUACAAGCUGGUGGAGGUCUUCACUGAGUACUUCAAGGAGUUGGAGGAGGAGAGCAUUCAGGAUAACUUUGUGGUGGUGUACGAGCUGCUGGAUGAACUUAUGGACUUUGGAUUCCCGCAGACGACAGACAGCAAGAUUCUUCAGGAGUACAUCACACAGGAGGGCAACAAGCUUGAGGUGGCAAAAACCAAAGUGCCCACCACAGUGACUAAUGCUGUGUCCUGGAGGUCAGAGGGCAUCAAAUACAAGAAGAAUGAAGUCUUUAUAGAUGUCAUUGAGUCCAUUAAUGUUCUGGUGAAUGCUAAUGGCAGUGUUAUGAGCAGUGAUAUUGUUGGCAGUAUUAAACUGAAGACAAUGCUGUCAGGAAUGCCUGAGCUCAGGUUGGGUCUGAAUGAUCGCGUGCUAUUCGCUCUCACCGGCCGAGAUAAAGGAAAGACCGUUUCCAUUGAGGAUGUAAAGUUUCACCAGUGUGUUCGUCUGUCUCGCUUCGAGAGCGAUCGAACCAUAUCCUUCAUUCCACCUGACGGAGAAUCCGAGCUAAUGUCGUACCGUAUCAACACACAUGUAAAGCCGCUCAUCUGGAUUGAGUCUGUUAUAGAGAAGUUCUCUCACAGUCGGGUGGAGAUUAUGGUGAAGGCUAAAGGGCAGUUUAAAAAACAGUCUGUAGCCAAUAAUGUUGAGGUUAGGGUUCCUGUGCCAAGUGAUGCAGACUCUCCCAAGUUCAAAACCAGCACAGGUCACGCCAAAUAUGUUCCUGAGAAGAACCUUGUUGUGUGGAGCAUCAAAUCUUUCCCAGGAGGCAAGGAGUUUCUGAUGCGCGCCCACUUCGGUCUGCCAAGUGUGGAAAAUGAUGAGAUGGAGGGAAGGCCUCCCAUCACUGUCAAGUUCGAGAUCCCAUAUUUCACAGUGUCGGGCAUACAGGUUCGAUACAUGAAGAUUAUUGAGAAGAGUGGGUAUCAAGCGCUGCCGUGGGUUCGCUAUAUCACACAGAGCGGAGAUUACCAGCUGAGGACAACCAGCUAAUGUGAGCUGCAAUGUUUUGGCAUUCACACAGUUAUGAAAAAGAGAAAUGCACAUCAAAAAGUUUUUUGUUGGGGGGGGGGUAAUCUAUGCAAUGUUUCUAUCCAUAUUACUAAUAGAGUUUAUUCUGUAAGGAAAAGUAAUUACUUUAUUAAUUCUGAUGCUAAAUAUAAGCAUACCCAACAUUUCAGUCAAUAUUAAUUUUUACUCGUUUUUAAGAUUUUUGCUCCAAAAUGAUGGAAAAUGUUGUACUUUAAUAUCGCAAUAAAUGUAUUUAAAAGUA